UGGAGGCCCGGCGCACCGCGCCUCCAAGCCACGGGAAAAUCCUUGUCUUCUCCCGGUUUAUCGGGAUAAUCCCGGGCCUCCCCGCCCGACCCGGGUUAAUUUAACCCCAAUGGGUGCGUGGCGCUGCGCUGUCUCAGCGGAAGAGACUCGCUGAGGCUCUAAACCAGCGGUGCGUCCCCCACACAGGGCCGCGUCCCCUCACGGCGAAGGUGGGGGGGGGGGAAGAAGGGGACGAGGUGACAAAGCCGCGGAUUUCCAGGACGAGGGGCCAUGGCUUCGCCGGCCCUGCGGGCUUUGCUGAGGGGCUGCCGCGGGAGGGUCUUGCGGCCCCGGGGGGCCCCGCCGGGCAGGGGUUCGGCUGAGGUGGUGGCGACGAGCGAGCGCUACGCGGUGCGGAGGCUGCCCUUCGCCCGGCUCGGUGACAGCGAUGUGGCGUUCUUCGAGAGGGUGAUGCCUGGCAGGGUGGUCACCGGCGAGGAGGUGAAGCCCUUUAACGUGGACUGGCUGAAGUCGGUGCGAGGCUGCAGCCAGCUGGUGUUGAAGCCACAGACAACAGCAGAGGUGUCUCAGAUUCUCAGGUACUGCUAUGAGAGGAACCUGGCAGUGACCCCGCAGGGGGGUAACACGGGCCUCGUUGGGGGCAGCGUUCCCGUCUUUGAUGAGAUCAUUCUCUCUACUGCUCUCAUGAACCGGAUCAUCAGCUUUGACAAGGUGUCAGGAAUCCUUGUGUGCCAAGCUGGCUGUGUCUUGGAGAGACUCAGCGAGUACUUGGAGGAGCAGGGGUUUAUCAUGCCGCUCGACCUGGGAGCCAAAGGCAGUUGCCACAUCGGGGGGAACGUGGCCACCAACGCCGGAGGCCUGCGGCUCUUGAGAUACGGCUCACUGCGAGGGACGGUGCUGGGCCUGGAAGUGGUGCUGGCUGAUGGCUCAGCUGUGGACUGCCUGGCCUCUCUGCGCAAAGAUAACACGGGCUAUGACUUGAAGCAGCUCUUCAUUGGAUCUGAGGGGACCUUGGGAGUUAUCACUGCUGUCUCCAUACUCUGUCCUCAGAAACCUAAGGCUGUAAACGUGGCAUUCCUAGGCUGUCAGAGUUUCGCUAAGGUUCUGGAAACAUUCACAACCUGCAGAGCCAUGCUGGGUGAGAUCCUGUCUGCUUAUGAAUUCAUGGAUGAGAAGUGCAUGGAAUUGGUUGAGAGACAUCUCAAGCUGUCCAGCCCAGUGAGAGGCAGCCCUUUUUAUGUUCUAAUUGAAACUUCGGGCUCCAACUCAACCCACGAUGAAGAAAAAUUGAACAACUUCCUAGAACAGGCCACGGCUUCUGGUUUGGUCACCGAUGGAACUGUGGCAACGGACGAUAAGAAAAUAAAGACGCUGUGGAGCCUGCGGGAGAGGAUCACAGAGGCCCUCACUCACGAGGGUUACGUGUACAAGUACGACAUCUCUCUGCCUGUGGGAAAGCUCUAUGACCUCGUGACUGACAUGAGGGCUCGGCUGGGCCAGAGUGCCAAGAGCGUGGUGGGCUACGGCCACUUGGGAGACGGGAACUUGCACUUGAACAUCACGGCGGAGUCCUACAGCCAUUCCCUGCUGGAUGCCAUCGAGCCCUUCGUGUACGAGUGGACUGCGAGGUGCAGUGGGAGCAUCAGCGCAGAGCACGGGCUGGGCUUCAAGAAGAAGCAGUUCAUUCAGUACAGCAAACCCCGCGAGGCAGUGGCGCUCAUGCAGCGCUUCAAAGCCAUGCUGGACCCCAAAGGGAUCCUCAACCCCUACAAGACUCUGCCCUCGGCUCCUGAGAGCAGCACACGCUGAGGGACCAGCGGAGGGUGGCCCGGUACCUGCACUUUAGCCAUAAACACACUGGUGCAUCAGUAAGCACGUGGAGUGCUCCGUGUUUGAUUUAUUUAUUGGGAUGGAACAAGUAAAGGAUCAUGGUUGCUCUUUUCAGGGGUGCCUGCUCUUGCUGAAGGACACACUACUGUGCUUCCUGUUUAAUCUGAACACUGAAACCAAAAAUGCAGGUACUGUG